AUGACGUUGCUUAUUAUCGAGAAAAUUGACGCUGUUGGUGAUGCUACCGUUACACCUACAACAGCUACUACUACUGAUAUUGCUGAUGUCCAUGAUUUUGACAAUGAUAGAAGUGGUGAUAAUGAAAAGGCCAGUGACACAAACGAUAUUAAGUAUGGCGAAGAUAUUGGUGAUGGUGAUGCUGAUACUAUCGACCAGGAUAAUGAUGAUAUUGAUGAUGAGAUGCUGAUGACGUUGAUCUCAAACCUCGGCCAAAUCAGUGCCAAAAGAAUAUUCUGCAUCUCCAAACGCUUGCCAAUUAACAUAAUUGGGAAUCUUACGACAGAGUUUGGCAGGAGAACAAUAAAAGGUCUGUUAUGAAUUUCGCUAAGAAGGUCCAAGUUGUGUGAUGGGUGUUGUUUUAAAGAAAUUUAUUAAAAAUGAAGCCUCUGAUAUCUGAACGUGCUACAUAAUGGCCCAUAUUUCUUUUGAUCAGACAGAUGACUUAUCAUAAACACUUCGACUUCAA